AAUAUUACGGUGACAAGGGUUAAAAGGUCAAUGAAACGAUCGCUCCUCAACUGCAACUCUCUCGCGGUUACUCAGAUAUUUCUUCUGGCAAUCUUUCAUUCCCGUUUUUCUGACUGACCUCUUAUCUUCAGAUUCGAGACACGUUAUAAAUAUCUCCACCCAAUCCUCUAUUCCUGUUUCCCAACCCACCACUCUUGAUUGCCUCUCCUUGCGGUUGCCAUCCUCCGUCUCCGGUGAUACCCCGACCCCUCCAUCCCAAAAUGAAUGACGCUGAUGUCUCGCGGCAGAUCCAGCAGAUGGUGCGGUUCAUCCGCCAGGAGGCCGAGGAAAAGGCGAACGAGAUCUCCGUCUCCGCAGAAGAGGAAUUUAACAUUGAGAAGCUGCAACUAGUUGAGGCAGAAAAAAGGAAGAUUAGACAAGAAUAUGAACGCAAACAGAAGCAAGUUGAAGUUCGAAGGAAAAUUGAGUAUUCAAUGCAGCUUAAUGCUUCUCGUAUUAAAGUUCUUCAAGGUCAAGAUAAACUGGUCAAUUCAAUGAAGGAGGCUGCUACAAAGGAGAUUCUGAAUGUUGCCCAUCAUCAUCAUACAUAUAAACAUCUCCUGAGAGAUUUGAUUGUUCAGGGCUUGCUUCGACUGAAGGAACCAGCUGUAUUGUUACGUUGUCGAGAGGAGGAUCUUGAGUUUGUGGAUGCUGUUCUGAAUGAAGCGAAGCAUGAAUAUGCAGAAAAAGCUGGCGUCCAUCCUCCUGAGAUCAUUGUUGAUAAUGAUGUGUAUCUACCAUCUUCUCGUAGUCAUCACGAUACUCAUGGGCAAUUUUGCUCUGGUGGGGUUGUGCUGGCGUCUCGAGAUGGGAAGAUAGUUUGUGAGAACACACUUGACGCAAGGCUCGAGGUUGUCUUCCGGAAAAAGCUACCGGAGAUCCGGAAGCUCCUCUUUAGCGAGGCGUAAGGCCACUGAUGGUUCCAAAACUCUUCAUAUUCUCCCUUUUUGUUGGCUUUCCUGUUAUCCAGUACCUGAGUUUUACUGUCUCUAUUUGAUGUGUUGUUACUUAUAAGUUCAUAUUCUACACUGUGUAUGUGUUUGUUUUAUUUGUUGAAAUACAAUAAUAAUCACAACUGUAUUACUGCGUGAAACAUUAUUGUACUCGUAUUGCUCCCCUCGUGAUUCUCUAAACAAA